UAAUUAAAAACCAAAAGUUUAAUCCCUGGGGCAGCCCAAAAUGAUUUAUCGAACAUUAACACCAGUUUUCCCCUACUUUCCUCCUCUCAACUCGCUGCAAUUUUUCUCUGUGGUUUGAUUCAGUGUUUCUUGAUUCUCCCCAUGGCAUUGUAGCAGAAAUGAAUUUCGCAUCACUUGCUUCAAAGCGGACCAUCUCUUCCCUGCCCUGUCUCUCUGCGAGAAUAAAGCAAACAGAAAAUGAAAUUGUCCAAAUGUUUCGAGUGCCCAGUCCAAGGGACGAAGCUUCCAACUUCCCCAUCAAUCGAAGGGUAUCGCGUAGGGAUCCUUCUGUUCGGACUCUGGACGAGAGGUUCACCAGGAUUUUGAAAGUAUUCAAAUGGGGGUCUGAUGCAGAGAAGGCGAUAGAAGUGCUGAAGCUCAAAGUUGAUCACAGGUUAGUUCGUCAAGUUUUGCAAAUUGAUGUAGAGAUUAGGGUUAAAAUUCAGUUCUUCAAAUGGGCUGGAAAGAGAAGGAAUUUCGAGCACGAUUCCACUACAUAUAUGGCUUUAAUUCGAUGCUUGGAGGAAUCUGGACUUGUUGGUGAAAUGUGGAAGACAAUCCAAGACAUGGUUCGCAGUCCAUGUUCUAUUGAUCCAGCUGAAUUGUCUGAAAUCCUUAGGAUCUUGGGGAAGGCAAAAAUGGUGAACAAGGCAUUAUCUGUGUUUUACCAGAUUAAAGGUCGCAAAUGUAAACCAACAGCAGCCACUCACAACACCUUGAUCCUGAUGCUUAUGCAAGAAGGCCACCAUGAAAAGAUCCAUGAGCUCUACAAUGAGAUAUGCAGUGAGGGUAACUGCACCCCUGAUACAAUCACAUAUAGUGCACUUAUCUCCGCGUUUGGAAAACUAGAGCGUUACGAUUUUGCAUUUCGGUUGUUCGACGAGAUGAAGGAGAAUGGCUUACAACCAACUGCAAAGAUCUAUACUACCAUAUUGGGAAUGUAUUUUAAAUUGAAUAAGGUUGAGGCAGCUUUGGGUUUGGUUGAGGAGAUGAAAGGGAAUGGCUGUGCUCCAACUGUCUUCACUUACACUGAAUUAAUAAAGGGGCUUGGGAAAGCUGGAAGGGUGGAUGAUGCCUAUGAUUUGUUUUUUAAUAUGUCGAAGGACGGUUGCAAGCCUGAUGUUGUACUUCUAAACAAUUUGAUCAAUAUAUUAGGCAGGGCGGACCGUUUGGAAGAUGCUCUAAAGCUUUUUGAUAAAAUGGAUUCUUUACAGUGUACACCCAAUGUGGUUACUUACAAUACUGUGAUAAAAUCUAUGUUUGAAUCAAAAGCUCCAGCUUCUGAGGCUGCUUUGUGGUUUGAGAAGAUGAAGGCGAAUGGCAUCGCUCCCAGCUCGUUCACGUACGCAAUUCUUAUUGAUGGUUUCUGCAAGACAAAUAGAGUUGAGAAGGCCUUAUUGCUUCUUGAAGAAAUGGAUGAAAAGGGGUUUCCUCCCUGUCCAGCUGCUUACUGCAGCCUGAUCAACAGUCUUGGACAGGCGAAACGAUAUGAAGCUGCAAAUGAGCUAUUUCAAGAACUAAAAGAAAACUGUGGACGCUCCAGUGCUCGGGUAUAUGCUGUGAUGAUAAAACACUUUGGCAAGUGUGGACGUCUCAGUGAUGCUGUUGAUCUCUUUAAUGAGAUGAAGAAACUUGGAUGUAGCCCUGAUGCUUAUGCUUAUAAUGCACUCAUGUCAGGGAUGGUAAGGGCCGGAAUGAUCGACGAGGCUCAUUCCUUGCUGAGAACUAUGGGAGAGAAUGGUUGCACACCCGACAUAAACUCACACAACAUUAUACUGAACGGCUUAGCUAGGACCGGUGGCCCCAAGCGGGCAAUCGAAAUGUUUACAAAGAUGAAACAUUCGAAGAUCACACCAGAUGCAGUUUCUUAUAACACUGUACUCAGCUGUCUCAGCCGAGCUGGUAUGUUUGAGGAGGCUGCAAAGUUAAUGAGAGAGAUGAAGUCGAAAGGAUUCGAGUACGAUCCCAUCACAUACUCAUCAAUCCUCGAAGCAGUUGGUAAGGUCGAUGAGGAUCGCAGUCCAGUUACUUCAUUCACAUUGUAAAGGUUGGGUUCUUUUAGGCUUUAUAAGUAAACUUAUUAUAUGCAAAAUUGCCAUGUUACUUCUAAAAGCACCUUGAAUAUACAGAAACAAUUUUAUUUGAGUAAUGCUAAUACAGAGUUCAUGGCUAGCAGCAAGCUAGAUAAAA